GUAAGCAUGCGCGCGGCGACGAGCUGCAGUCCGAGAUGCGGUGCUUGAGCAUCAUCUGUUGGUCCUGCGCCACGAUGCGCAUUCGGGAGGCCAGCUUCUUCCAGCACGUGGCGUCCAUCUCUGGCGGGAGGCUCUCCGAGAUGAAGCCGUUCGAGUUGUCCAAUAUGUUUUGGGCGUUUGCCAAGCUCUCAUUCGGCCACAUGCGCAUCUUCGAGGGAUUGGCUCCCUACUUGUUGCGACGCCGGCCGGGCCAGAUCAGCCCGCAGUGCCUCUCGACGAUCGUUUGGGCCUUCGGCACGGCGAAGGUGCACGAGGCCGCCGUGUUCACCAGCGUGGCGCGCGAGUUGUCGCAGCACGCGUCGAGCAUGGGCCCGCAAGGCAUCGCGAACACCGCCUGGGCGUUCGCGCGCGUGCGCCGCCAGGAGCUGCACCUCUUCCGCCUGCUCGCAGAGGCGACCAUUCAGGAGUCCGCGCUGUGGACUUUCAAGCCCCAGGAGCUGUCGAACAUCGUCUGGGCGUUCGCCACGAUUGGGCUGACGCAUUCGCUCCUGUUCGAGCGCAUUAUGGAGGUCGCCGUGCGGCGCCGGACGGAGCUCCCGCCGCAGAACAUCGCCAACAUGCUGUGGGCCUACGCGAAGCUGGGGGUGCCCUCCCGCUGGCGCCUGUUCCCGCCGCUGCUCGAGGUCACGGAGAAGCACCUCCAUGCGUACAAGCCCCAGGAGGUCUCGGCGAUAUUGUGGGCCGUGGCGCGCGAGGUGAGCUGCAGCCCAUCGUGCCGGCAGUUCUUCUUGGCGGUGCCCCGCCACUUCCAGGGCCGCCUGCACGAGUUCACCUCGCAGGAGCCCGGGCGCCUCGUGGAGGCCUACACGCUGGCAGAGGUGGAUGAGGUGGAUGGCCUCAGCUUUCUCGACGGCAUCCUGAGGGAGAGCAUGAAUCAGCUGGACAAUUUCCAGCCGCCAUCACUCUGCACCCUGUUUCGCGGAGUCGCCAUCAACGCCAGGCGCAUACUUCCCGCAGAGGAGUCCCCGAACGCGCUGGACCACGUCAAGACCAUAUCCGACCACAUCGCCACCAGGCUGCCCGAGAUGCAGCGGCACAACAUCGUGCACUUGGCCCAGAGUUUGGACCUUCUCCCCGCGCACGUGCAGGCAACAAGCGUCGCGAAGCCGUGCAUCCUGGCCGUCCAGCAGGUUCAGGGCGACUUCGCCGAGCCCAUGGGGAUGCCUUGGGUAGUCGACCCGCAGGAGCUCUCAGGCCUGGAUGCCACCGACGCCCUGCCGCCCGACCAGGGCCGCCAUCUCGGUGCGCCGGGGCGCGAUUGGAAGCGGCAGCUCCAGCGUCAGGGCUUGCAGCCAGACUCGCCAUCGCAGCAGCUGCAGCCGCAGCUGAGCGAGGAGUUGCCGUGGCGGGUGCCCCUGACGUGCCCGACCACGGACUCCCUCGACGGCCCCCUGGCGCCGGCCGCGCCCUGCAGCGAGGGCCACCGCGAGGCCGCCGAGAUGCCGGCCGCCGGCUGCCCGCGCGGCCGACCCGCGCCCAACAAGCACGGGAUCAUCGGGCCAGCGAAGGUGAUGCCCAUGAUGAACCAGGACAGGGCGGCGACCAUCUGGGACCUCGAGAGCUUCUGGGCCUUCGAGAGUCCUGUCGACGAGAUCGCCGUGCCUUACCAGGAGCGCGCGGACCAAUAG